UUCAUUUUUUUUUUUCAUAUAGAAUUUAAAACAACCUUCCCUUGAGGAUUUACCAACAUUGAUACCAAAAGAGCAAUUAGCUGACUCACGAAAUGUGCAGCCUCCAUCAACAACAAGUCCACCAAAAGCUGGAGUAGAGAGACAAACUGGAAACCAAAAUAUUUCUCAACCUCAUCAACCAACUACUUCAACACCUAGUACUAAUAGUGCCACUAUGGACCCUAGCCAGCUUCAUCUCCAAUGCUGAUUAUGUCUAAAUAAGAGAAUUUGUCAAGCAUUUCCAGUGAUUCAUCAGAACAAAUUAUAACCUCUACAAGUGAUUCAUACAUAUUACCAGCUUUGCUGAUGCAAUUCUUGCAAGUGCAAGUUGUUCAUCUGUCUAUCAGAUGAAUUCUAAAUUAAUCACCUUGGUGACAAGCCAUUACCAAUCCAUUGUAUCGUUGAACAGAUAUCUGGUGGUAAUUCAGGUUUUGACAGUUGUAACAGUCAUACUACUGUUGAAAUGGAUAGUUAUGCCAUUCUUCCAGGCAGUACUCCAAUGAGUGAAUUGGUGCAAGCUGCUCUGAUAAAACUCGGAUACACUACUGCUGAGUCUGUUGGUGCAAAAGGAGUAAUUCAGUUGAAAAACUGGAAACCAAUUUCCUUUGAAACAAUUACAGACACGUCACAGUCAUCUAUUGAUCAUUUAUUGGGAGAUCUGACUUCUGUUGCUAUUUUACGAAUUCGUCUUUCCAGUCAACCAAAACUGAACUCAACUGAUGAUGUGAAAGAUAAACUUCUUCAACUCCUCAUUAGUCAGUCUCAUGGAAUGCUGCUGAAUUCUGGAUGUCCUAUUGAAAAGAACUUUUUACUUUCCAUUUCCAAAGGAGAAAAACUUGCUAUGAUAUCUGAAGAAAGACGACAAGCAUUUAAUAACUGGUACAAGGACCAACUACGUAAAUCUGUUAUAAGACAAAAUCAACUGCAAAAGAUUUCAGCAACAGUUUCAGUCAGUUCUACUUUAAUUGAUAAUUAUGGAUCACAUCUUUCUACAUUGACUCAAAAUUCUGUAUUGAAAACUUCCCAGUGUGUAUCUCCCCCAAGCAAUUCAGUCCCUAUUACAACCACUGUUACCACUUACAGUACAACCACUACACCUUCUCCAGCUCAAUCCCCUCCUUAUGCCCUAUCACAUGGACGAACUCGUAUGCGAACUUCAUUUGAUCCUGAACAUGAAAUACCUAGAUUGCAACGAUGGUUUCAACAGAACCAGCAUCCAACACGAGAACAAAUGGUCCAUUAUUUAAAUGAAUUAAACUCUUUAGAAUCAAGAAAAGGGCGCAAGCAAUUGGACUUAACUAAUAUAAUUUAUUGGUUUAAAAAUGCUCGAGCUGCUUUGCGCCGUGCUAGUAAAAACAUUGAAGACAGUUUAGAAGGAGAAGAAAAUGCUAAUGGGGAAACAUAUGGUAAUGCAGAUUCUCUUCCUUAUCUUCCAAAUCGCAAUGCAAUUUACAUUGUGCCUCACCCGUUGCAUUCAACAUAUGCCAAGGAUUGUGGUAAUGCAAUGGAUAUGACAACUACUAGUCAUCAUCAGGAGGAUGGAAAACCAAUGGACGUCAGUCAAAAAAAGAGUGAUCCCAUGAAAACACCUGAUGCUUCUUCACCACUUCCGCUCCCUCGAACUUCAUCUGAAGAGAACAUGAGGGAAAAACUAGACAAAGGUAAACCAUAUUUAUCAUCAGGUGAAAGCGGUCUAAAUCUUGCCUCGCAAAGAGAUAGUGUAGAAAGCCUUGUUUCCAAAGAGGAAAAUACUUUUAACAACUCAAGAUUUCGUGAUAGUUUGGAAAGCACUAGCUCAAAAGAAAAUUCUGCAUUCAGUCAUUCAAAUGCAAAAGAAGAUCUUCCAUUUAACCACACAAUUAGUUCUAAAGAGGAAGAAGAAGGAAUUAAUCAUAAUCAUAAAAAAUUCAAGGACGAAGAAAUGGACUGUGAUGAUGUUGAUUCGUCUAUUGAUGACAAUCGGUCUUUGGAUAUCAACUCUAUGUCUAGUCAGGAUGUAGAUCAGUUUAACAUUGUUGUCAAACAAGAAAUUGAUGACAGUAAAUCAGCUGACAGUGUGAAUUUAAAAUCACUAUCCGGUAGUGGAAUGACACAAUCUCUCCAGAUACCUGGGCACAUGCCUCAUGGCCUUCCAUUACAUUAUCUCCCUUAUAAUUCUCAGUAUUAUUCCCAGCUUCAAGAAAAAUCACACUUGAAAUCACACAGUCACAGUUUGGAGAAAAAGAGACGUACUCGUGUUUUCAUUGACCCCCUUUCAGAGAUCCCUAAACUCGAAAAGUGGUUUGCAGAAGAGACUCAUCCAUCAGCAUAUAUGAUAGAUAAGUAUUGUGAAGAACUUAAUCAAUCUGAAUAUCGACAAAAAUUCCCUAAGCUUGAAUCUAAAAAUGUUCAAUUAUGGUUCAAGAACCAUCGUGCAAAAAUUAAACGAAUACGUUUGGAUUUUGGUGACAAACCAUCAGGAGUAUGUCAUGACAAUUCAUUAGAACUUACAGAAGUUUCAGAGCUAGGUUGACAGCAUGGUUUUCCUCAUUGUUCAUCUACCAUAUAUCUGUUAGCAUUAUGAAUAGAUCUCACUCUUUCUCAAAUGAUCAACCUAUGAUUUUUCUUUUUUCUUUAUCCAUUUAUCGUUUUAUUUAUUCACAUUGGGGCAUUGAUUUAAUUAAGCUCUAAGUUGUUUUAAUUAGUGAAAGAAUAGAAAUUUCAUAUGAAAUUUUCCAUUUAGAGUUUUAUAUAUUAAACAAAAGAUUUUAUUGUUAUCUUUUUGCAUUUAAAUAAUAGCAAUUUUGAAAAGGGAUGUAAUUUCUCUUUCAGUAUAUUAGAAAGCUGCUGCUUCAAAUUUUAAAUACAUUUAACUUGAGGAAAUGCAUAUUUUCAACCUUAUUUAUCUUAUUUUUUACUCAGAAAAUCAUUUGAAGUUAAUCCAAAACAUCUGUAAAAUUGUGUAAUUUCUAAUUCUAUCUGUUAAUUAGUUCUACACAUUUUCAAAAUCAUCUACAUCUAAUAUAUAAAUAAAGCCUAUCUUAAGGAAGUUAUUCAGUGUGUUGCAGUGAACUAUUCAUUUGAAACCUGAAUGAGCCUGCUUAUACACUGUCAAACCACUUUAUUUUAUACUGCUGCUAUUUCAAUUGCAUAUUUGCAGAAAAUAUACAUCAUUACAAAGCAUUUUAAAGUAUUUUUAAAGUUUCUUAUUAAAGAACCUUUUCCCCCAAAUUAUUAUUAUUUAAUUUAUCCUUAAUUAAAUUCUAUAAGGAAUACCCAGAGGUCUAUAAAGUAAGAUUCAAAGAUUAUUUCUUGUUACAUUAUAAUAGUUUCUUAACUAUAAUGUAUAUGAUUUUGCACUGUGUUUUGUUCCAGCGAUUUUCUUUUAUCUUGAGAAUAUAGUAUUUCAUGUAAACUAGAUUUGAAUACAAUCCCCAAAUUUUUAUUUAUGUAUAGUGAUGUAUGUAUGUGAGUGAGUAUGUGUUCGUGUACUUUUACAAAUCUCUGUUUGUAACAUAACGUUUAUGUUUAUAUUUUCUACAAAAUUCAUGGACUAGAGUUAUGCAUUAUUAAUUUUAAUGCCUCAAUGAGGUUAGAAAACUAAAUUAAAUCAGAAUCAAUUUGAGACUGACCAAGUGCAAUCGUUGCCUGAUUCUCCGAGAUCUGAGAUCUAAAGUUGUUUUUUUUUUUUUAUUUUUUUUUGUACUUCUCUAUUUACAUACAAUCUUUUGCAAGUAUAACACCUAUACAUAAGUAUUCAUAUGUUUAAAUACAUGUUCUGGAGAUGCUUGCUUAAUGUAAUUAUGCACAACAUAUGUACUUGGAUUAAGUGACAUGUAUAAAGGACUAUUUUCUAAUGAAUGCAACUGUAUAGAAGAAUGGAAACACUGUUAUUUCUAUGUUUUCAAUUAGUUCAUCCUAGAAAAGAAUAAUUGAAUAUUUGGAUGAAGAAUAGAUGUAAAAAGUAAAUGAUAUUGAAAAAGGCGGAACAUGGGCCUUUUUGAAAUGUAUUUAUAUUGAUGUAUAUUUGUAAUCUGUAAUCUUAAGCAUUAAAGGUAAAUAUCUUUGUAUGUGUUGCUAUUAUUUAAGGGCAGGUUUUCUUCCAUUUUAGUUCUUUCACUAUCAAUUUUUUCUGUUAAUUUAUAUAACAGAUUUACAUUAAUUUCAUUUAAAACACUGUCUUUUUUAAAGCUCAUUAAUUCAUGUAUUGUUUUACUUAUUAGUUGGAAUUUAUAUGCAAGCAUGUGCAUACACUCAUAUACAUGUAUACAUAAAACAAUAUAGUUCCCAAAAUUGAAUAGUAUUUAAUAUUUCAUACUUGUCAUUGUUAUUAUAUGUAUGGUGUGUGAAAAAUUUGUAAUUAUGCAAGAAGAAAAAAAGACCAAUAAAAUUUUGUGGUGGAACACACAUGUACACAGCCAUGUAUAUUAUGCCUGAUAUGCAAUGGUGGGAUAAUGGUGUUUAUAAAAUGUCCUCUCAAACUGUUAAUCAGCAUUAGACAGCAAUUUUUAAUAACUGAAAUAAUGUUAGACUUUUUGCUAUUAAAUAUUUUCAAAGUUUUACUUUCUUUCCGUUUUAUGUAACAAACAAACGAAAAUACAUACACACAAACACACACACACACACACACACACUCACACACGACUAAAAAAAUUUACAUCUAUUGUGUGUGUGUGUUUUUUUCCUCCCUAUCAUUUAUACACCCGAAAACAAGCCAAACAUCAAGGACUAAUAAGGAAAUAUGCAAAAUUAUUAAUAAAAAGAUUUUAUUUAAACACAAUUGCAUCUUCACUGUGACAUGCUUGAAAGAAAAACUGAUUCCCAUACAUAUUUAUGUGUGUGUGUGUACGUACAUGUAUAUGAAUAUAUAUAUAUAUAUUCAUAUGUAUGUAUAUGUAUAUAUGUGUGUGUGUGCACAAUCUGCUUUAUCUUAAUUCCAAAUCUAGUUAUCAUUCAUAAACAAUCAAACUUGUAGAAAAGUAUACAAAAAAACAAAGGUAAAUGAUAACACAUGCACUCACACAUACAUAUAUACAUUUAUGAGAGAGAUAAUUCAUAUAUAAUGAACAUUUAUAAUAAAAUGGGAAUUUUUAAUUGUAAUAUUUGAUUACGUCACCAAAGGUGUGUGUGUGUACAUGUUAAUAUAUAAGUGAUAAGUAUAAUUUUUGUGCAAACACGUGUGUAUGCUUACCUUGAGGUAUCUAUAUGUCACUUUAGGGAAAUGUACAUAUAUAUUUUACAUACACAUAAUAAAUAAACUGUUAUAUACUGAAA